UUUUAUACUGUUUACAAGUUCUCUCUGUGUUUGUCUCUUCGUACUUGCUUCUAGUGUUACCAUUUUGAGCUUCCAUGGCAUUGUCUUUGUCUACACAUCGCCACAACAUCUUUGUUCUUUCCACGAGCAAAACCAUAGCCAUUGGCCAUGGAAGAACCAAAUCAAGAAGAGCAGAUUCGAUGGUUGUUAAGUUGGCUGUGGCCUACGAAGAGGGACAGUUAAAAAGGCCCAAGUGGGGAGGAGAGACCCCUCUCUCUCGUCUUGUUGGAGCUCUCAUUUCCUUCAAGCCAUUAUCUGCACUGCUCAAGCUUGGUGCCAGACAAGUUCUUAUCAGCACAGCUGAGAAGAACAACAUUCCAUGGAGAGAAAUGAGGAGAGAGAUUCUGGAAUCAGAUGUGUAUAAGGAGAUAGAGAGCAUUCAAAACCCCUCAAUUAUAUACCCUGAUUGUGACCAUCUGAACUUAUGGCAUUCCAAAUUUAAUGCUUUUCUUGCUUGUAUAUGGUUUCUUGGUUGUAGACUUUUAAUACAUGAUGUACACAUUUUUUCUUCGAUUGUGAAUUUUUCAGAUUAUCUCAAUCCUUUCCAUGCAUAUGAUGAGGGAAAUCUUUCAUGGCUCGCUGCAGCAGAAGCAGAACCUGCAACCAUGUCAAUUGCGAGAAGAGCAAUGCGUAAUGCUUCCUCACCAGAAGAAGCAAAUCAAGUAAUGCGUGGAAAUUGGCUUCAAGCAAUUCAACAACAUCAUCUACAGCAUUCUGGAAAUUCCAUGAUAAGUGACAUUCUAGAUAUUGGAUGCUCUGUAGGUGUCGACACAAGAUUUCUUGCUGACAACUUUCCUUUGGCAAAAGUCACUGGCCUUGAUCUGUCUCCUUACUUUCUUUCUGUAGCUCAAUUCAAGGAAAAGAAGAGAGCCCCAAGAAAGAAUCCGAUCAACUGGGUACAUGCUAAUGGGGAGGACACAGGCCUGCCCUCCAAAUCAUAUGACCUUGUUUCUAUUGCAUAUGUGCUCCAUGAAUGCCCUGAAAGAGCAAUAGUUAAUAUAGUGAGGGAAGCAUUUCGGCUACUUCGACCUGGAGGCACGCUAGCUUUGACAGAUCAGGCGCCUGAAUCGAAGAUCCUUCAGGAAUUGCCUCCAGUUCUGUUCACGUUAUUGAAGAGCACUGAGCCAUUUUUAGAUGAAUACUAUUUGACUGAUCUGGAAGGAAGACUGAAGGACGCAGGAUUUGUGAAUAUACAAUCAGUACUUACGAGUCCAAGGGACAAGACUGUAACAGCAACAGUGCCUCCAUUAAACAUGUAAUGGUCAAUCCAGAGAAAUGCUUCUUUAGCUCCAGGGACUGUUUCUGCAGUGUAAAAAUUGGUCAUACUGCGGCUAUUAUCAUUUGCCACCUUGUUUUUCACCUAUGCUUAAUUCUUUUACUGGUUAAUGUAUUUUGUACCA